UCCAAAUCAUUCCCGUAGUGGAUGGCCACGCGAUCGGUUCGGUUUUGGUAUCGGUUACCCCCAAGAGACAGUCAGUGUCAGUGUCGUUACAGUGAGAGUGCCAUGAAGCCUUAGAGGCGAUUGCAAAAAAAAGAAAAAUAUAUAUAAGAAGAAAUAAUACAACCCAGAAAAUUCCCUCAAACCAAGCCUUAAAAUGCAUCAACGCGUGGACAAUGGCCACACAAACAGUGCCUUCAAUGGCGGCUCCGAGGUGUCCUUGGACAUACCCACCAACACGCUGUAUCACACCUCGCGGGACUGCAUCGUCCAGGAGGAGCAGGGGCCCAAGGAGAGCUGUCUGGAGGGCACCCAGAGCUGCUGCUCGAAUCUCUGGUCCAAUAUCUUCCGCAAGAAGACGCUUUACAAGCGAUUCCCCAUUUUGGUGUGGCUGCCGCAGUACAAAAAGGAUUAUAUAUUCGGGGAUAUAGUGGCGGGCAUAUCGGUGGCCUUGACUGUGAUUCCCCAGGCCUUGGCCUACGCCGGCAUAGCGGGCUUGGAUCUUCAAUAUGGCCUGUACGCCUGUUUCCUGGGCUGCUUCAUUUACAUCUUUAUUGGAUCCAGCAAGGAUGUGCCUAUUGGACCCACGGCCAUAUCGGCUUUGUUGUCCUUUCAAAUCGCCGGAGGCAGCUGGCAAAUGGCCACUUUACUCACAUUCCUAACAGGACUCAUUGAGAUCCUGAUGGGUGUCUUCCGGCUAGGAUUCCUCAUAGAUUUCGUCUCGGGUCCCGUGGGAGCAGGCUUCACUAGUGCCGUGUCCUUGAUCAUCUUCAGUUCCCAGAUGAAGGACUUUCUGGGCAUCAAGACGAGUGGAAAUACCUUCCUGCAGGUGUGGAUUAGCAUCGUUAAUGAUAUACACAACAUCAGCUGGCCGGACUUUAUCCUGGGCCUCAUCUGCAUCACUCUGCUCCUGAGCCUGCGAGCCCUGGCCAGCUGCAGUCUGGGUCCCAAGGAGGGAAAGACCACAUCCCAGAAACUGCUAACUGGAAUUUUCUGGACAGUUGGAACUGCAAGGAAUGCCCUCCUGGUUUGUGGCACCGCUGGCCUGGGCUACUGGCUAUCUAUGAGCGGCAAGGAGAAUCUGGUCAGGACUGUGGGCUUUGUGCCCAAGGGAAUGCCCUCCUUUCAGCCACCACCCUUCCACAUGGAUGCUGUGGUCAAUGAGACCACCGGAGAGAUCCUGCAGAAUGCCCAGAGCUUCUGGGAUAUGGUCAGCACCUUGGGUUCGGGCCUCAUUGUGGUGCCGCUGAUUGCUCUCCUGGAAACCAUGGCCGUGGUUCAAGCUUUUGCUGACGGCAAACCCACGGACGCCACUCAGGAGCUUAUAGCCUCAGGAGUCUGCAAUGUGGCCAACUCCUUUGUCCAGGGUCUGCGGAGCAAUGGAGGCGUGGCCAGGGGCGCCAUCCUCAAUGCCAGUGGUGUGAGGACACAGCUCUCCAAUCUGUACACCAGCGUGAUCGUGAUCAUUGCCCUGCUCUACCUUACGCCCUGCUUCUACUACAUUCCCAAGGCGGCACUGGCCUCUAUUAUCAUAGCGGCGGUGAUCUUUAUGGUCCAGUAUCGAGUGAUCAAGCCCAUGUGGCACAGCAAAAAAACCGAUCUCAUUCCCGGCCUGGGCGCCUUCUUUGCCUGUUUGGUUUUGCCCCUGCAACUGGGCAUCCUGGUGGGCAUUGGCAUCAAUGUGGUCUUUAUUCUCUAUCAGGCUGCGAGGCCCAAGCUGCGCAUUGAAACGCUGGCGACCACCACAGGCCUGAAGUACCUGAUGCUCACUCCCGAUCGCUGCCUUAUCUUCCCCUCAAUGGAGUUUGUGCGCAAGGUGAUCAACAAGCAGGGUCAAAAGUCCACUCUGCCCGUCGUCAUCGACUGCACUCACAUAUAUGGAGCGGACUUCACCGCCGCCAAGGUAAUCUCCACCAUGGUCAUGGACUUUGAGCAGCGUCAGCAGCCGCUAUUCUUCUACAACCUGCAGCCGCGUGUGGCGCAGGUCUUUGAGGGAUUGAACAAGGAUCUGGUAGUGAUCUAUGACAUCCACACGCUGCACGCCAAGCUGGCGGAGAAGUCGACGAUCUGAUGAGUUCCGAGAAAGAGAGAGAUCAACGCUGCAACCUCGUCGUCAUGCGAUAGAUAGUCUUAGUCUUUUAGUCUCGCCCUAAGUCUCCGUGUCUAGUUUGUGUCGCUCUGUUUAGUAGGUGUCUUAGUUCGAUCUUUGCCAGCCGAGGCCAGCGACUAAAUUUCUGGUGAGCCUGCGCCCACGCUCAUUGCCUUAGUUGAAGGUACCAUUCCAUGGGCUGGCGUUCAUCUUAAUUAGCAUUUAAGUUGCGGCAAUCUCCCACCAAUCUAUCCACCUUGUCCGCAGGUACAACACAUAUCUGCACAUAUUUAUUUUGGCCUCUGUCGAAACGUUGUGAAUUUCGCUGAGCGAAAUAUCAAAGACAGAGCCCCCUCCCACCCGUGAGUUUGCCGCUGUGCAUAAUAGUAUUAUUUACGAUUAGCGAACGAAGAGUAUUGACAUAAGUACUUAAAUAAAUCAUGUAAAUAUUAAGGAGUAA